UUAAAAAAGUUAUUACAAAGUACUCUUGUUGGCUAAUAUAACUUGUUCCAGUGUACAUUUUGGAGAUACCCUCUGGCUUAACUUCCACAAUAGCUGGUCCAUCAUGUGACCUGCAGUUCAGUACUUUACAAAGGUGUCCUCUAUAUGUUGCAGAGGAAUGUAAAGGCUACAUGUAGGUGGAGAGUACUUUUGAUGCAGAUGGAGUUUCCGACACCUGUCGGGCUCCUAUCGGCUGCUGAUAACCCGGCGAUGCUGUACUCAGACUGGGUCAAGUAUACUAUCCUGGGUAUCUCAGUCACUCUUCUUCUGCUGGCACUCGGGAUCUUGGCAUGGCAGAUCUUCAGAUGCUACACACAGCCACGCUCUACACACACUCAGCAAGAUACUUUGAACAAUGAUUUGCUGUACUUGGAUGAAAAGCCUGGAACAGCGGGAAACUCCUCAGGAGCUCCAAGUACUAGGGUGAAGGAUUUAAACACAGAGGUACAGAAGCUAAGUCGCUGUCUCUCUCAGGCCUUGUCUCUCCCCUCAGGAUCCAGCCAGACAGAGAAAGACACAGGAGAGCAAACAACCCUAAAAAAGGUUGAUGGAAAGCUACGUUUCUCCAUCUUUUAUGACCAGCUUCAGUCCUGUCUAGUGGUCACCAUCUUGCAGGUGGAGGGGCUUCAGGAGCACAGUCAGAAGCUCUAUCCGUUUGUUAAGAUAAGUCUCAUGUGGGCCGGCUCACAUGGAGUGGAGUUGGAGAGCUGGUUAAAUGAGGAGGGCCAUGGGAUAGAAGAACCUGUGAUUUGGACAAUGCUGCAGGAUUGGCGGACUCGUAUUGUGAAAGGCAGCUGUAAUCCUUUAUAUGGAGACCAGUUUAGCUGUUUUUUACAUGAAGAUAAGGAGCUACGUCACCUUAACCUUAGAAUGGAGGUGAGGGACUUUGACAAAUUCUCCAGACACACAGUAUUAGGAGAAGUCAGGGUUCCUCUUGGGCACCUCAACAUCUCCUACCCUUUGGAGCUACAAGAAGAUCUGCAGAUUCCCCAGAAGGAUCUUGUAGGAGAGGUGCUUCUGUCUUUGAAGAUUCUUCCUACUUCUCAGAGACUGGAGGUUGGAUUGCACAAAGUCAAAACAGUCCCCCCAGAAAUAUGCUCAGAUACAGCCUUGUAUGCCAGGAUCAGUGUGCAGUGCAACCAGUGCAAAUUAAGGUACCAGAAAACCUCUGCUGUAGCCCACUGGCUGGUGUCCGUCUUCAACGAGGUCUUCAUGUUCUCUCUGCCAGAGUUUCCUCUUGAACAAUGCAAAAUUUCAGUUUCUGUUUAUGAGAUUCACAUGAAUAGAAAAUCCACCAAACAUCUGAUUGGACAGUUGACUGUGGAGAAGAAUGAAAGUUCAGAAGACAAGCACUGGAGUUUAAUGAUGCACUCUGUUCGCCAGCCAGUAGCGAGGUGGCAUGGCUUGCUGAUGUGAUUUACUGCUCACAAAUUCUCACCUUCACUUGUGGAUGCUUGGGUAUUCAGUCUUUUUGUUUGUUGACCAGUUAACUGAUAUAUUUUAUUUAACCCCUAGCUUCUGGUCUGAUUAUUAUUAUUAUUAUUAUUAUUAUUAUUAUUAUUAUUAUUAUUAUUAUUAUUAUUAUUAUGUCAAAACUCUAAAGAUAUGAAAUUUGCACUCUAGAUUUCUGUGAUCACUCGAUGAAUAGUUUUGUUGGUUUUGUUUCUUUAGGUAUGACUAAACCAUGCUGUUCUUAUCUGCUUGUAAAACUGCCCCCUCUUUGUUACUAAAUGUUUACAUUGAAAGUAUUCAUAUUUAGUAAUUUCAACAUUUACACAUUCACCAAUGUCUUAUAUAUGAGAAACCAAACAAUUUCUUUCAAGUGAUAUAUUCUAAAACUGCAUAAGGCACGAGGAAACCUCAAAUGAUGAUGAAAAAUAUUAAGAGUUCGUGGAUGAAAAGUUACCGGGGAAGUUUCAAAUUCUUCCAAAUGCUGUGUCUCUUAAACCUUUACUGACUCAGGUAUGACUCAGUCAUUACUAGAAUUAAUGUUAUUUUUACCUUUGCUGCCAUCUUCUGGUUAAACCGAACAUUUUGUCUAGUUUGGAGAAAACUUCCAUAUUAUAUCUGAAAAUACCUUUAACAAUUAACUUUCUAGCUCUUAGCUUAGCAGCCAGCAACUGGAAACAAAUCAGGGCUGGGACUUCUAGUGGUUAUUAUUGUUGUUAAUUUAAUCAAUUACUCAUAAUUAGCAAUGUGAAGGUUUUUUUUAAAAUCGAUUUAUUAUUCGGCCAAUGAAAUGUGAAACCUUUAAAACCUGGCUGUGCAAGACUCAAUGACUCAACCUCUGCAAAAUAAAUACUUUGGCCAUUCCACCAAACAGGGACCUUUUCUGUCCCGGGAUAUUUUAAUUGUAAAUGAAAACAAUUUGCUAAAUGCAUUUUAUCAUCAAGCAAUGUGUCUUGCAGAUUGAUGUAAUCGUAGAUAUAAGAUAUUGAAUUUCAAACACAGAUAAAAACUACCUAGAACACCAAAAGAUAGAAAAUCUUACCUGUCCCAACCCACAUCACUUCCAUCCUAUUCUCCUUACAUUGGCUGCCAAUCAAAUUCAGAAUACAGUUUAACAUCCUCAUAUUAACAUAUAAAACUAUCCAUCAUCAAGCACCCUCAUAUAUCUCUGACCUGCUCCACCCUUACAUCUCCAGUAGACCCCUCAGAUCCUCAGAUCAGGGUCCGUGACCGUGCCUUUGAGCUUAUGGCUCCAACUCUGUGGAACAAUCUGCCGGCCAAAUUGCGCUCUGCUAUUUCCACUGAGACUCUUAAAAAGCAGCUUAAGACUCAUUUGUUUGUCAUGGCUUUUGACUAUCUUUUGUAAAUUGUUGUUAUUUUGUCUGCUUUCAUUACUAUCUUAUGUAUUGCACAUUGUAUUGCUUUGUCCAUAUUGAUACUCUGUGAAGCACUUCGUGACUAUGCUCUUGAAAGGUGCUGCACAAAUAAAGUUUCCUUACUUACUU